AUGGCUGCCGCUACCACUGCUGCUUCGGCUCAGCAGCCCACCGUCUUCCCCCACAGUCAUGUCGGUUUUGACAGCAUCACCUCGCAGAUUGAGCGUAAGCUGUUGAAGCGCGGCUUUCAGUUCAAUGUUAUGUGUGUUGGUCAAACCGGUCUGGGCAAAUCUACCCUGGUCAACACCAUCUUCGCGUCCCACCUGAUCGACUCCAAGGGUCGUCUUACCCCCAAUGAGCCCGUGCGCUCCACCACCGAGAUCCAGACCGUUUCGCACAUUAUUGAGGAGAACGGUGUUCGUCUUCGCCUGAACAUUGUUGACACUCCCGGAUACGGAGACCAGGUCAAUAACGACCGUUGUUGGGAUCCCAUUGUCAAGUACAUCAAGGAUCAGCACUCCGCCUACCUCCGCAAGGAACUCACUGCUCAGCGUGAGCGUUACAUCCAAGAUACCCGUAUUCACUGCUGUCUGUUCUUCAUCCAGCCCUCCGGCCAUGCUCUCAAGCCCAUUGAUAUCGUUGUUCUGAAGAAACUUUCCGACGUCGUCAAUGUCGUUCCCGUCAUCGCCAAGUCCGACUCCCUUACCCUGGAGGAGCGUCAGGCCUUCAAGGAGCGCAUCAAGGAGGAGUUCGCCUUCCACCACCUGAAGAUGUACCCCUACGAGAAUGACGAGCUUGAUGAUGAGGAGCGAGCUAUCAAUGCGCAGAUCAAGGACAUUAUCCCCUUCUCCGUUGUCGGUAGUGAGAAGACCAUCGUCGUCAACGGCAAGCAGGUCCGUGGCCGUCAGAACCGCUGGGGUGUCAUCAACGUCGAGGAUGAGAACCACUGCGAGUUCGUUUACUUGCGCAACUUCUUGACCCGCACCCACCUCCAGGAUCUGGUCGAGACCACUAGCCAGAUCCACUACGAAACUUUCCGUGCUAAGCAGCUGUUGGCUCUCAAGGAGAGCAGCGCUGCCGGCCACACCGGUGGUCGUCCCAUCAGUCCCUCAGCCGACCGUGAGCUCAGCCGCAACUCUCAACGUGGGGCCAUGAACGGAUACUAG